AUGGCCAUGGAACAGGAGCAUAUGCAAGCCAGUCGCGUGGGCGAGUCUGGAGAAGCAGGAGAAGGACAUGAUGGCAAGCAACAGGAAGUCCUCACCAAGGAGGAGUUGAUCCCUCCCAUCAUACGCUACAGGCAAUCCUUUGACUCUUCUGGAAACUGUUCUACCAUUGCAGUGUAUUCUCUAAAGUUGGCGUCUACCACUUCGUCGGUUGAGUCCUUCCACAGCGCACUCACUUCGUCUCCAAGAGAGGACGAGGAUGACAAUGCGAGAUCCGAGGAUUCGUCGAUAUGCGAAGGCCAAUAUGCGAACCAACCUCUGGAGGAUGCUCAUGAUGCCAGUCAGACCGUCGCUGAUCCCCUGCCACGUCCCGGCCUAGACAUGCCGCUCACCCGGGCAAAGGCUCUGGAAACCUGCACCCAGCCUCCUAUGUCCAGUCCUGAUAAGGACGCAGAGACUUUGAACCGCGUCCAUCGAAUGCACAAGCGUAUUACCAAGAACAUCUCUAAGAAGCUUACAAAGCGCAAGGAGAACUAG